AUGCGCUUUUCUACAACAAAUAAUCCAAUUUCUCUAAUUCAUUCACCUAAUAAUAUUAACAAUAAUCUUUCAAAUUCAAUUCAUAUUAAAAAGAUACUUUCAUUAAUACCAAAAACAACCUCUUCUACUACUGCCACUGCCACUAAGAGUACUACUACGACUACUACUAAUAUAAAGAAUCGAAAUGUAUCUUCUCAAGACCCAUCUUCUUUCACUACACCAUUUCGUAAAGAAGAUGAUAUUUAUCGAGAUUUACGAAAUUAUUAUACUACAAAACAAAAGAUGAUGAAGAAGAAAGAAGAAAGAUGCCAUCAUAUGACUGUCAACAAACAACAACAAUACAAUAAUAACGUUAUUAUAAAAACAGUGCCAUCUGAUCAUGUCAGAGAAAUAAGACUUGAUUCGAAUCAUUUACGUAUACAAGCUAUUUUAAAUAAUACAAACAUAAGAACAACUACUAAACAAAGACUUUAUAAACGAAAUGAUCCAUUUGUCUCUGGGAAACAAUCUAAACUAAGCCUCUCUUAA